AUGGACGCCUCUCGCCGUGAAGAGACUAGGGUACGAAGACGAAGGGCCCUUGCCUGCAUCGAGUGCCGGAAGCGAAAGCUGCGGUGCGACCACAACCGCCCUUGCAGCAAGUGUCAGCGGGCGAAGAACAGGGCAUGCGUCUAUCCGUCCAUUGCUCCUCCUGUCAAUCUUGCGGAUCCCAUCAACGACCGACAGAGUAGCCUGUCACCAGUCCAACGGCGCCAGUCCGACUCGGAUCACGGGGAAAUCGCCCAAACACCAAAGCCCGCGGACCAAGACCGGGUCUCCACAAGCGCCAUUGACGGAACAUGGCAUUCGUCUUCGUUUGGAAGCGUCCUGCUCAGUCAGAUCUCGUCGCCGGGGACGAUCGUUCCUUUCGUGGCGGCUGAGACUUCUACACGUCGUCUGGUGACAGAAUCAGAUUGCUCAGCUGAGAAAUCCCCCACCAUCAGUUCACUCACUGAGCUCACGUCUCUACCAACUAUGAUGAUUGAACGCUUGAUCUAA